AUGCUGACAUGUGCAAUAUCAACAACUGAACGUUUCCCCUCCCUCUCUCCUGCAUACCCCCUCUCUCCUGCAUACCCCCUCUCUCCUGCAUACCCCCUCUCUCCUGCAUACCCCCUCUCUCCUGCAUACCCCCUCUCUCCUGCAUACCCCCUCUCUCCUGCAUACCCCCUCUCUCCUGCAUACCCCCUCUCUCCUGCAUACCCCCUCUCUCCUGCAUACCCCCUCUCUCUUGCAUACCUCCUCUCUCCUGCAUACCCCCUCUCUCCUGCAUACCCCCUCUCUCCUGCAUACCCCCUCUCUCCUGCAUACCCCCUCUCUCCUGCAUACCCCCUCUCUCCUGCAUACCCCCUCUCUCCUGCAUACCCCCUCUCUCCUGCAUACCCCCUCUCUCCUGCAUACCCCCUCUCUCCUGCAUACCCCCUCUCUCCUGCAUACCCCCUCUCUCCUGCAUACCCCCUCUCUCCUGCAUACCCCCUCUCUCCUGCAUACCCCCUCUCUCCUGCAUACCCCCUCUCUCCUGCAUACCACCUCUCUCCUGCAUACCCCCUCUCUCCUGCAUACCCCCUCUCGUGCCAUCCAUCCGCCAGUGACAUGCGAUCACCCAGACGCAAAGGUGUACAAGCCUUAGCAAGCACGCCUCCUGCCAAAGGUCAUUGCAUUAGUGGCGAUGUAGGUUGCUUUCUCUCCCCUCUUCCCCUCUUCCCAUCUUCCCCUCUCCCCCUCUCCCCCUCUUCCCCUCUUCCCCUCUUCCCAUCUUCCCCUCUUCCCAUCUUCCCCCUCUCCCCCUCUUCCCCUCUUCCCAUCCCCCUCUUCCCAUCUCCUGUCUCCCUCCAUCCAUCCAACAGACACCUGUGA